UGUUGAUUUGAUACCGAUCAUCCUAACUAUUCGUCACUAUCGCCGAUCGUCACUGCCAGACAGUCACCACCGGAGCUUCCAUAACCGGUGAGUCAGUUCCAUUGAACUCGUGAAAGGUUGAGGCCUGUCCUUUUAACUUGUCGCUGGUGAGAAAGCCUCACGAAACUUUGGGAUUUCGAUCGCAAACUGAUAAACUCUGGGUUUGGAGUUUUGCCUGUGAUACUAAACUGAAAAUGGCAGAAUUAAGCUUGGGUAUACUUAUUGAUAUUGUUGACGAAGGAUGGAUGAGAGACACUCUUCCUGAUGAUGAUCUUCCAUUACCACCAGUUAUGGUUGUCCGAACUGAUGACACUGAGGAUUCAAAUCCGGAAGCUCGACAAGUUAAUGGGGAUACUUGGCAUGAUCUUGCACUGGGCAAUCAGUGAACCUUUUGGGGGUCUAACAUCUGGUGGUAAGUUGCAAAUUCGUGGUGCUUCUUUCAAUGUAAUUGAACCUGUAUUUGUCUGUUAUAUGAGUGUUGCCUUUUGGAGUGUACUUAUUUAUAUGAGUACCCCUCUAAUAUGAUCAUUUGGCAGAAUAUAGUUGCUUUAUAUUAAACAGGUCUGCUUAAUUUCCUAAUGAGAGAAACCUUGUUCUGUGUUUUC